AAACCAUCACCCAGUACUGCUUCACCACUUUUCUUCUAAAUGGGUCUGUUCUUGGUUUUCAAUCUCGCUAUUUUGAUUUCAUUCUGCUCUGUUUCCUGCGAAAUAAACGUUCAAGAAACCCAAACUUUUAUAAUUCGUGUUCAGCAUGACCUGAAACCAUCUCAAUUCUCUACCCUUGAAGAGUGGUACACCUCUACACUUAAGAGCCUUCAGUCCAAAUAUCCAAUUCCUUUCCAACCAGCAAACAGUACUGACAAUAUUAUUCAUGUUUAUAAAACAGUCUUCCAUGGUUUUUCUGCAACCUUGACCCGAGCUCAUGCUUGGGAACUGGAAACACGCCCUGAAAUACUCGGUGUCUUUCCUGAUAAUAUCAGAAAAAUUCAAACCACCCGCACCCCUCACUUCCUCGGGCUAGACACUAGCAAGGCCUUUUACGGGCUUAUGAAUGAAUCAGAUUACGGUUCAGAUGUCAUCAUUGGACUACUGGACAGCGGUAUUUGGCCAGAGCAUCCCAGUUUUAACGAUGAUGACAUGGAUCCCAUCCCUGCUAGGUGGAAAGGAGAAUGCCAGGAAGGGAAACAAUUUCCCAAAACCACUUGCAACAAGAAAUUGAUAGGCGCACGGUACUUCAGCGCCGGUUACGAAAGGAGCAUCAGUCAAGGAAUUAAAAAUGACGAUUUUAAAUCUGCCAGGGACCCCAUCGGUCACGGUACCCAUACAGCCUCCACGGCAGCAGGGCGUGCGGUUAAGAAUGCUUCAUGUCUUGGAUUCGCGAGUGGCCAGGCAAAAGGAAUUGCACCGAAAGCACGAAUUGCGGUUUACAAGGUUUGUUGGUUUGAAGGGUGUUUAGACUCUGAUAUCCUUGCAGGUUUUGACAGCGCCGUUAAAGAUGGUGUUGACAUUUUAUCAGUGUCCUUGGGCGGUAUCGGUCCCUCUCCGUAUUGGGACGAUGUCUUGGCCAUCGGAGCCUUUGGUGCGAUGGAGAGAGGUGUUCUGGUAUCUGCUUCUGCUGGAAAUUUCGGCCCCGAAUCUGAAUCGGUGACAAAUAUUGCUCCAUGGUUAACAACGGUCGGCGCUAGUACUGUAGAUAGAACAUUUGCCGCCGAUUUAUCACUUGGAGAUGGUACUGUCAUCAUUGGAUCUUCACUUUAUAACGGGACAAGGUUGUCUAAUUUAUACCCAUUGAUUUACGCGGGAAAUGCAUCUAGUUUUGGAGUAUCCACGUGCCUUCCGGGUUCACUCGAUGCUGGGCGAGUACAGGGCAAAAUUGUGGUCUGUGAUGACGAAGACAAUGGACCUGUGGAGAAGGGAUUGGUGGUGAGGGAUGCUGGUGGGGUCGGUGUGGUUGUUGCUAAUGGGAUUGGUGAGGAUUUACUUGCUUAUCCUUACUUGAAUCCUGGCUUAGCAGUCACCAUGUCAGCAAGGGAAAAAAUUUUUGAAUAUUUGACUACUGAUCCAAACCCGCAAGCAACAAUGGCUUUUCGAGGAACCCAAAUAGGGGUAAAGCCUGCUCCUGUGGUGGCUGCUUUUUCCUCCCGUGGUCCCAACAUCCUAUCAAUGAAUGUUUUGAAGCCCGAUCUGAUUGCGCCAGGUCUCAACAUCUUAGCAGCAUGGCCCAAUAACAUAUCCAUGUCGGAUGUGUUAGAAGAUCCCAGGCGCACGGAGUUUAACAUAAUAUCUGGUACAUCCAUGUCCUGCCCUCACGUUUCUGGCAUUGCUGCUCUUUUAAAAGGUGUCCACCGUGACUGGUCACCUGCCAUGAUAAAAUCAGCUCUCAUGACAACGGCCUAUACCCACGAUCAUGAUGGCAAGCCAUUGUUGGACAACAAGGACUUAAAUGUGACCGCCAACCCUUGGAGUAUGGGUGCGGGCCAUGUGGAUCCUAUGAAAGCUGUUGAUCCGGGUUUGGUGUACAACAUCACUGUCGAUGAUUACAUUGACUUCCUCUGUGCAUCUGGUUUGACCUCUAAGCAAAUAAAGACAGUAACCAAAAGAGCAGUGGAGUGUUCCAAGGCUAAGAAAUCUAACCCGUGGGAUUUGAAUUACCCAGCUAUUUCAGUGGUUUUCAAUACAUCAAAGCCGUCUCAUUUGGAAGUGGUGGUUACACGGACGAUGACAAACGUAAUUGAUGCAGCUUGCAACUAUACUGUGGUUGUAUCUAAUCCUAAAGGUGUCAUUGUAACCGUUGAUCCACAGCAGCUGGUAUUUGGCAAGAUAGGUGAGCAGAAGAGCUAUGUGGUCAAGAUUUCGGCUAAGAGUGUAGUGAUCCAAGCUGGAAAAAUGCUGAGUCGCUUUGGUCAGCUAAGUUGGAAGGAUGGAUCGCACAACGUCACUUCUCCAAUAGUUGUGACGUGGAUUUAAUUCAAAUAAUUUAUGCUAUAAAUAAAUUCAAAAUAAAUAUGAAUUGGUCUC